CUUCGGGCACCCUGGGUUGCCUGCUGGCACCCUGGGCAUGCUGUGGCCACACUGGGUUUGCUGCAGGCAUGCUGGGCAUCUUUCAGGUACCCUGGGCCACCUGCGGGCAUGGGGGGCAAACUGCGGGCACCCUGGGCUUGCUGUGGGCAUGCUGGGCUCGUGCCAUGCUGGGCUUGCUCCAUGUUGGCCUGGCUCUCUUAUGCAUGGCACUCUGCAGGAGUGCUCUGUCACCAAGUCAGCCCCUGCAUCCUCCCUCACCUACACGCACCUGGUCUGACCUGAGCCCAGGGAAAAGCAGGUCCAGGAAGAACCAGGGCUAAGGCUGAGUUCAAGGGAGCCAUCUGUGCCACACAGGGAGCUGCUUGCCCAAGAUCAGCUGGUGUGUGGAGGGCAAAGCUGCUUGCAGCCCUAGAUCACCAGCCUAGGAUGAUGGUCAUCAAUAUCUGGUACCACUGGAGCAGUGUUUUUCUGGAUAACACAAUAUCAUGGAUUUUCCAUGCUGCAAGAUGCUUGCUUUGCUGAAAACGGGAGAUUUAGCAGUGGGCAGUGGGAAAGGCAGGCUCUGAAUGACAGAGGGAGACUUACCCUUCAAAAAAGGGUGGUUUCUUCCAAGACUUUUCUGUCCAGUGAUAAGGGCAUACCCAGAAGGUCUCCUUCAAACUCCUGUAAUAGGGAAAAGGGCAGAGUGUAAUUACAGCAGGUCUCCCUGGCUGUUUACACUGUCAAGCAUUAGACAGGUAAGUUCUGAUUUCAGGUUGUACAGAUGAAGCAUUUCUGAGGAGGCUGUAACUGCACAUUCAUGCCCAGCCAGGAGCUGUGGCAGCAAUCAGAAUUAAACUGAAAUGCAAAGCUUUGAGGAGAUCAAAAGAUCUCAAGGAUAUCAAACCUCACAGUGUUGUCUUCACAGCUGGGCUGGAAAGAAAUUCAGGUUUAUAUCUGCAGGUAUCGCUAGGAUUCAUCAAAAUGAAUCCAGUCCACAAGUUCACUGGUCUGAGCCAGAUGCACUAUCCUGGGAAGCCAUCUAGAGGUAAACACUGGAAUCAAGGGAAAACUGCACUUAAAAACAUUCUCAGGCUUCUUCACAUCUCUAAUUACUAAAACACCACCCCAAUAAACAUUUGAUUCUAAGCAUCUGUGAGAGAGAGAGAUGAGUUUGGAUGCCAAAUCCCUUUUAAAAAUGAACUCACUUUUCUUCUUUGGAACCAAAGAGGUAUUUUUGAAAGCAGACAUUUAAAGUGGCCAUGUGGGAGCAGAGUGUUGAGGUUUUUUUGUUGGCAGAAAGAAGGGCAGCCAAGUUUCUGGUGCCCCCCACAUUCAACAGCUAUUAACACACAGAUAUUUUGAUUAAAAAUAUGAAAAAUACCUAAAUCCUUGAAUUUAAUCUCUGUUGACAGUUCCACAAAAGUUUUAAGGGAAGGAAAAAAAGGAAAUAAAAUUGAGAAGAGAAACUUGCACAAUUUUUACCUUUAACUGGCAGGUUACCUCAUAUGAAAUAAGCCAUAUGACUGUCACUGCAUAGUCAUAGUGUCAGGAGAGGGUUUUGAAGAGAGGAUGAAGCAUCCUGACUGGAAACUGUACCGAAUCAGUGAGUGUUCCCUAACUCAGCUGCAUCUGAACCAACCAGAGAAUUUCCAUGUCCUGUUGGCAGCAUUUAGCACCUUGGUGGGUUUUUACAGUAAUACCUCUGGAAAUGCAGCUCGGAGAGGCACCUGGCUUUACAAUUUUCCUCUCAGUCCAACAGCUCUGGAGGAGAGAGAGAAAUUACCCAGAGAGUCCAGUGUCUGGCUUAGACAGGAAUGACUCAGUGUCUGGACUGGGAACAAAUAUAACAACUUUGGUACGGAAAUAAGGAGCCGUGUUGAAAAUGAAAGGAUAUGAACUCCAUCGAAGUAUAUUUGGGUUUUUUUUGAUUCCUGAGUUCAGUCUCUUUGUGCUUAAAGCACCACAGACACAUUUAAAAUAGAAAACUCAUUAAUAUUGCAGAGUUAACUUGUUUAGAUUUAAAAGAAAAUUAAUUAUGAAUGUAAAACGUUUGCAGGUCCUUUGAAGCCGGGGGAAUAGAAUAAUCUUGUGGACAUUUAUUUCAUGUGUCUAUUUCCAGCUUGAAUAAUAAUCUAAAUAUGUGUUUGAAGAUAUUUUUUAUUCAUUAUGAUUUUGACCUAUGUACAAAGUUGCUACCAAAUUUGGAUUGGGAGUUAAAAAACGGUUCUAGGUAUAUAACAUUUUCCUAACCUGCUCUUCAAAUUUCAUUGAAGUAUGAACUAUUUUACUUCUUUACUGCUUUAGAUUUACCUUGAAGCAGUGAAAACUAGUAGAUGCUACACUGUACAAACCUACAAAAACAAGAAGCAAAAGCAGAUUUAUAGUAAAACUGAAGUUAGUGCAUCUUGCAUGUAGUAAAUAAAAACUAUAUGCAAGUUAUUUUAAAAUUCAUGUGAUUUAACCAAAAAGUCAAAUAGCUUUAAAUAGUACACAUACUGUAUGUGAGAGCAUUAGAACUUUAGAGCUAUUUCCCUUUUAAUUGAUGUUCUACUCUGUAAAAGGGAAAAAAAAGGAAUGUUCUGGAAUUUCGCCUGAUUUUUGUACAGCAACCACUGCACUGUUUCUUGGCAAGAUGCCUUUUUCCAAACUGUCACCUUUACAAAACCAACAUGAACUUUUAUUACAAAGUCCAUCUCUGUUAGUGAGAUCCCUGAAGUACACUUUCCUGCAGGGCUGAUUGUCCAAGGUGUUUUCCAUGCUGCAGGUGCAAAGGGGUGCUCAGCACACACCUUUGUGAGGGUAACAAGGAUCUGUCCCAUCACAGCCUUCUCUCUAAUUAUCACUCCCAAGCUGGCCCAAAGUGAAUCCCAUCCAUGUUUCCACUCAGAAGUCCUAAACCCUGAAACAUUCCAUAAGCAGGCCUGUUAAUUCUGUGAAAUUGCAUCGUCUGCAGAAUUAAUUCUGCAUUUUCAGCAGUUGUUUCCUACACAGACACUCACAACAAAUUAUAAACUGAAAGAACAACCAACACAACUUUUUUUAAGCCAUUUUCACGGUAUUUUUAACUAUGUUUAUUCCAGUUUAAGAGAGCAAGAAGGUAGUCAGGCUGUCUGGCACACAGCGGGAUUCUUCAGGUGGUCCUGUGCAGGGCCAGGAGUUGAACUUUGAUGAUCCUUAUGGAUGUGUUCCAGCUUGGGAUAUUCUGUGAUUCUAUGUAAUGUAUUUCAGUGGUAAUCAUUUGUUGAUUUAGAUUUCUGGGUUUGUACUUGUGUAGCUCUUGGACUGUACUUAGUGUAGAUUUACUCAUAUUCUCAAUAAGAAUCAUAAAAACCAAUUUUUUCUGACUUGUGGUGGUUUGAAGGAAAAAACAGCAGUGAAAAGCACAUUUACCUCGAAAACAAUUUGAUACACUCUGUAUACACAUCACUUAUGUGACAAAGCUCAAUUUUUGCAGAAUGCUGUUACCUGGGUCUAUGAAGAGGCUCAGGCAGGGUCUGAAUGCUCACAGUUCAUGUUGCACCUGUAUUUAUAGCAGAACUGUGCUCACAGAGCCUUUGCAGCCAAGUUUCUACCAGCCUUGGAUGGUUGUUUGUACAAAUGAGGUUGCUAAACUGCAAGAACUUCCAAAAGGAAAAUGAGCUGGAAAUUAAAACUAUGCUUGAGGCACAUCUGAAAGCCCUUUGGGUUAAUAAUUCUGUGUUUGCAACUUAAAAAGCCCCACUCAGAUAUAUACAAUACAAACCUGGGAUCACAGAGCAGCAGUUCCACAAUAGAAAGGCUGUGUGACUAUGGUGUCAAGUAAUUCAAUUUUUUUUUUACACCAGUGGAGGGCUUUUUAUCAUAGACAAUAUAUCAUGAUCACAGAAUAAAACUUAAAGCUCCUUUAAAAUAGGAAAAUCUUUUGCCAAGCUGAUCUGGUUUUUGUUAGAUGAAGUACUGCAGUCAGAUUUGGAUAAAUCAAGAGCUAAAUUUUUGUGCUUCUUGAUUUCAUUUUUCCCUUGUGUUCACAUUUUCCAUUUGAAAUGUGUCCCAGUGGUUCUGUGAUUUCACACUGUCCUUCUAUAUGCUAUUAAGAGUCUGAUACUGUUGCCUUCUAAGUUCUGCCAUGGACUAAGCUCAAAGGAAAUGGGUUUCUGGUUAACAUCCAGCCUGACAGCAAAGGCUGCGUCAGGCCUUUUACAAAAAGCUGCAUUUUGAUGUCUUAGGGCUUUCCCAGAGUCUUACAACAAAGCAGUGUCAUGAGAAAAGAUAUAAAAAUGUCUUACUGAGUAAUUCUCAAUUAUAGGUAACAUCCCUUUCUAGAUUCAGGUGUAAAAAUAAUUGUCUUUAUAAGCAAUUUACAUAGUGCUCACAGGGGCUCUCUAGAAUUCAAGGAGAUGCAAUCUCAUCUAUGUGGUACUUGUUCCACGUGCUGAGUUGUUCUCAUACAUGUUAGAAUUUGUCAUUUGCUGUAACUGCACUUGGUUUUCCUCACCUGUCUGUGAUUAGAAGCCAGAUCUCUCAACAUCUUAGGCUGCUUCAAGAGAGAACAAUGCAAAAAUACCCCAUGUGAACAGGAAUGGAGUGAUCAUCUUAGUUAACCUGAUUGACUCAUCUUACCUUCUCUUUGGUGCCUUUACUGACUUUUAGGCCAGUGAAUAUUUACCCAUUCCUUCUGACUAACUCCUCAGUCCUGGCAAAACUUCCAAGACAUACAAGGAACUGGGGAAACAAAAUAGUUAUGUCUUUAAGGCUCUUAAAAUUAGAGAAAAGUCCUGAAAUCCUACUAAACCAAUGUGACAUCAAUUUUGACACAAACUGAACAGCAAGCUAAUGCCUGUAACAAGUUUACACUGGUAAUUUGUAAACUAGCUUAGAAAGGAAAUCUCAGGAUAAAAUAUUCCCUGAAUUCCUUCUAACAAUGUCUUUUUAAAAGAAUUCCUUACAUGCAGCUGUAACUUCUUUUCAGAGGGAGAGGUUCACUAAUAUUUACUGAGAUGAAAUAAUUCAGGGCCUCUGACUGUCUGGAGCUUCUUCAAACUUGACAGUUUUACAAAGGAUACCAAAAAGAACAGGAAUGUUAGGAAGAGAAUGGUGCUGUCAAAGGCAAACAAUUUAUACUGGGAGGCUGGGAUAGGUCAGGUGUAUGAACUGAUGUGGGGAAAUAAGAUCACACUAAAAUCAAUCAACCCCAACCUAGAUAUUACCUCACGGAAUGUAAAAGUAGCAUUAAUGUUUGCUUUAGAUUACGUUGUUUUGAUUUUUAAAAACCAUUCAAGCUAAUGUAACCCCACAGCUCUGAAUGCAGUAGGGAGGGGCUCAGUGAGGUGUCCUGCACCUCCGCAAUGGAAGAGAUAAUUUAUGCCCCAACUUAGUUCAUUUGCAUCAGAAUUGGAAAGAUGACUGUAAUGACAAGGUCCAGGCCUGAUGAGUUAAGCUGAGAACUCCAUGUUAUUACUUAAAUGGAUUUCAUGAUCUUCUUAUCCUUAACACCUUUUCUAUCUAUCUAUCUAUCUAUCUAUCUAUCUAUCUAUCUAUCUAUCUAUCUAUCUUUCUUUCUUUCUUUCUUUCUUUCUUUCUUAAUUUUAAACCACAUAAUUCAAUCAUCUGUACUAGCUGACCUCCAUUGAAGUUAAGCAUUAGACCUUUUACCUUAAGCAUCCAGUCUGGUCACUCAUCAUCUGGUAUUUUAUCUCUUAUGACUCAUCUUGUUUACUCAUUCCACACAGCCAAAUAUUAUUUUUACCCCACUGACUAAUUCACAUUGAAGUUUCUUGCUCUUUGCUGUAACACAUAUUUUGUAUAAAUGGGAUUUUCCUAAGCAGAUAUAUUUUGUCUGCUUUUUUAAAGUGUAGAAGAAAAUGUAGAAAGGACUCACCUUUUUCAGUGAAGAUCUCUCUGAGGAAAUUCAUUACAGGUUGGUUAGCCAAAUGCAGAAUCCUGUGGCUCAUGAAAAGGAGUACUUCUCUCUAUGGCCAUGAUUACAAGCUUUUAUAAAGGUUUUUAAAUUAAGUAUUGGGGAGAUUAGUGGGGAUAAAGAAAUGUUUCAGUGUUCAGAGGAUAAACACAGGUUGUAUUCCUUAUGUCAAGCUGAGCUAAUGCUUGUUUGUUUUUUAAUCUUACCCAAACAAGUUUUGUCCACUCACAUUGUGGACAGAAAUACACAAAGUUACACUUGGUGACUCAUUCCUGCACUGUCAUCACCUCCUUUGGUGCAAGAUUUUGGACACCAUAUGCUCUGGUCACACCUGAAUUACAACCAUGGAUAACACAGAGUUGUCUUGGAAAACACAAAAUAUGGAGUUGUAAAGAUAUCAAAAUCUUUUCUUUAGAAAGAAUCAGCACAGAGGGUUAGGGCCAAAAUUCUCCAAGUCAAGGAGAAGUUCCCCUGUGCUAGCACAGCAGCAUUGGUGAGCCCAGAGCCCCUUGCUGCACACUCAGGCUGGCAAAUAACUGAGAGGUCUGUGUGGAUCUCCAAAAGAAAAAUUCCUUGAGACUGAGUUCAGAAUUCCUGUUCUAACUGUUCUGGCCAGCUGUCUGCCUCAGCAAGUGAGCAGGGGAGAAGAUCAGCACUAAGCAAAAAGCCUUGGAAUCAUCCUUCAGACCUACUCCAAGAGCAGAACCACUGCAAUUCCUGACCUUGGAGACUGGAGUCCAGAGCAGCCACUCUUCCAUAGGCUCUGAGACACUCACUGGUUACACUUGUAAAACAUCCCAGAGAACUUUCCAGGCCCAUAAAGCAGAUAAAAAAAGAAACCCAUCUGUAAUUCUGUAAUAUACAAAAGAAAGGUGUUUCCUGGAAGUGACUGUGCUGUAUAAGAGCUUGAAUAAUGCCAAGUGCAGUUGUCACAGCCGGAUGUUUGCAGGCUUCCAGCACCUGCCAGCCCUGCCUACAGGAGAAGGGCAGGGGAAUUUGUAUGCAAAUUAUAUGCAAAUGACUUCUCUGUGGAAUCAAUCUGGAGGAUAUAAAUACUGACGGAAUCAUAUCAGCGUCUAAUUAUUCCCACCAAAGAACAAUGGAGUCCUAUUAUAUUCUGGUUUUAAUAGCAGGAAUUUUAGUUGCUUUUGUAUUGCUGGUUUUAAUUGCAACUGAUAAUAAUUUCUUCAAGGGAGAGAUUCCUUCUGAUAUUGAUCAGCCAGCAAAGCUCCGUCUUUAUCGCUGUAUGUACACUCUGAUGGAAAUUCUGGCAGAGAAUUUAGACCACUUGGGUAUCAUCAAGGAGCACACACUUAUCAGGCUGAUCAUGGAUGGACUCCCAGCAUGCUGGGAUUCCCAGCUCUUCAUUAAGGAUCUGCAUUUUGAUGGGGUACCCAUAAGGAUUUACCUCCCAAGGGAACCAUCUGCCAGCAAAAGGAGAGGAGUUGUCUUCAUCCAUGGAGGAUGCGGCAUUUUCGGAAGCAUCAGAAGUUAUGAAAGAAUAUGCCGGUACAUAGCCAGAAAAUCUGAUUCAGUGGUCGUGUCUGUUGGGUAUCAUCUGGCACCUGAGCACAAGUAUCCAGCCCAGGUUCUGGAGUGUCUCACUGCCACCGUGCACUUCCUGAAGACUGCAGAGAGCCAUGGGGUGGACCCUGCUCGGAUCAUUGUUUGUGGGGACAGUGCAGGGGGCACGUUUGCUGCCAGUGUUUGCCAAGAUCUGGGGCACAGGACAGAUAUCCCAAAGAUUCGUGCCCAGGUGCUGAUCUAUCCCUAUCUCCAAGCACUGAACUUCAAUCUGCCAUCUCACCAGAAAAACGCUGCCGUUGCCUUCCUGUCCCGGGAGCGCACAGUCCAUUUCAUUCUCAAAUACCUGAACAAGGACUGCUCCCUGGAGAAACCAGUUCUGGCUGGUUCUCAUGUUCCUGAGAGUAUAAAUUCGAAAUAUAGGAAAUGGAUAAGUCCAGAUUUAAUUCCAGACGAGUUUAAACUGGGCUAUAAACCACCACACCCCACUUUGUUUUUACCUCAAGUCCAUGAAGAAGUGCAUGAACUGUUGGAACCCCAGAUCUCCCCGCUGCUGGCAGAGGAUGCUGUGGUUUGUGGUCUCCCUGACACCUGUAUUGUCACCUGUGAGCAUGAUGUGCUCAGGGAUGAAGGGCUGUUGUACAAGAAACGCUUAGAGGACAACAACGUACGUGUGACCUGGCACCACGUGGAAAAAGGCUUUCAUGGUUCACUGGGGUUUUUUGGAUAUGGUUUUUUCUCUUUCCCAUCGUCAAGUAUUGUGAUGAACCAUGCUAUAGACUUUAUAAAAGGCUAUUAAAUAAUUUUCUUGCAUACACUGAAAUGGUAUUUAGAAAGAGUGUGAUUCAAUUAAAUUAUUCAAUUAAGUAUUUACCAGCUAUUUGCCCAUUAGAAUCAAGGCAAGAACUUAUGACAUUAGCAUGGUCUGCUGAAUUUUGGUUUUUACUUGCUAUUACUUAGAAACGUGAUGUUUAGAGGUUUUUUGUAAGCUUGCUUUGAUGCUCUCUUCUUGCAUUGUAAGAAUUUUUGUUCUCUUCAUAUGUCAAAGAAUAAAAACUCAUUUUAACAAAAAAACAUUCUAAACAUGUAAGUUAAAAA